UCGAACGUGAAGCGUUUGAUGCAGAGUUAAUGCAUGCGCGGAAAAUACGAAGUUUUAGUAUCUUUGAGAUGUGUAUUAAAAUAAACAAAUGGAAAAAAAUAAAGAAUUAGUGGAAUUUCCAGUUAUUAUUGACGGCAACAGUGAAAUUAUUACGCUCUUUCUAGAGAAAGAAACCGCUGCAAGAGCUAGUCAAGAUGAACAUUUUUUGCAAAAUAUCUUGCAACAACAUAGUGCUGGAGAUACAUCAGCAAUUGAACAUACCGAAAACUCCCAAAUCAAUCAGUCAAAUCUAAAAGGUUUUGUGUGGCCUGAUGCUGCAGUACUUUUACUCAUAGAAAAAUACAGAGAAAAAGAGUAUGAGUUUAAUAUUGGAAAGAAGAAGCAUAAUGUCAUUUGGGGAGAGAUUGCUGCCGAAAUAAAAGAAACAAAUAGAGAAUAUGCAGUUACCGGAUUACAAUGCUCUACAAAAUUUGCUGGCUUAAAACGAACAUAUAAAAGUAUAUACGAGCAAAACAAAAAAAGUGGCAACUCCCACAGUAGUUGGGCUUUUUAUUCAGUGAUGGAUUCAUUAAUUGGUGAGAAGGCUUAUAUACAACCUCCAGCCGAAGCAUCUAGCGAAGGUCCAUUACCACCAUUAUCAUCUACGUCAGGAUCUUCAUCUCCAUUGUUUCUUCAGGAUUAUUCACGAGAUGCACCUAAAAAAAGACGGGUUGAAAGUAUAUUAGAAAAUUACAUCGAGAAUAUAAAACAGGAGAGGGAAGAUAUGAAAAAACAGCGAGACGAUGAAAAGAAGAAGAGAGAAGAAGACAGGGAAGCAAAAUACCAANAAAGGAAAAAAGAGCGUAAAAAAAUGCAUAAUGAUCAGAUGGAGAUACAAAAAGCAUUACUUUCUGUCCUGCAGAAUUUAACAAAUAAAAAGUAA